CGCUAGGGAGCGGAGUCUCGGAGGUGGCGCCGCAGGGGACGGAGGGACGGCCAGAGUGUUGUGCGUCGCAGCUUUCAUCUGGACGCUAGUGCCGAGGACACCAUGUCGGGGUCCUCCCGCCUGCUGUUUUGGGCCGUCACCUGCCUGGUCGCGUUUUGCGCGCUGUCUGUAGAGGCUAACUCUACCCUGGCCCCAACCGUGACUGGACAUACGACUUUAGGACCCUCCGGGAAAGUCACCACGCUGGGGCCGUCUGCUCCGCAGCCCACCGUCACUCCAGUACCAGAAACCUGUGAAAACCACAGCAGCUGCGUUUCCUGUGUUAACGCUAGCAUUGCCAAUACUACCUGCAUUUGGAUAGAAUGUAAAGAAGCAGAUAAGACCUACUGUACACAUAAUCCAGAAGUUAGUAAUUGUACCAUGGUGAACAGCACUGACUUUUGUUCUGUGCCUACUCCCACUCCUGUGCCAACCAAUUCUACAGCUAAAACCACAACUCUGCCUUCACCUUCUACAGCUUCCACAACAGUCGUCACAUCAGGUACGACAAAUACCACUUUGACUCCGACCUCACAACCUGCACGGAAGUCUACCUUUGAUGCAGCCAGUUUCAUUGGAGGAAUUGUCCUUGUCUUGGGUGUGCAGGCUGUAAUUUUCUUUCUCUAUAAAUUCUGCAAAUCUAAAGAACGAAAUUACCACACUCUGUAAAGAGAGCCAUUAAGUUAAUGAGGACUGGCGAUUCAUUUGUGUAACUCAUCGAAACCAAAAUAAUACCUUUCAAGAAGUCCCACGUGGAAGACGCUAUUUCAGGAUCUUUAAAUUUACAAAGGAUGCAUAUAGGAUAUUUUGGAGCAUUGGCCUUGAAGAAAAAUUAGUUAAAAACCAUUUUGCUCAACAGGAAUAUUUAAAAUAUUCUGCAUGAAUCCUUGUGGCUGUCUUCUUUUAUUUUCAAUGGCUGCUGCUGUGGGAUUGUUUCUUUUCUUGACAUGCCAAAUGUAACUUUAAGUGAUGGAAAAUGAUGUUCUGUGCAGACAACCUCCUGACUGUUGGCAGUUUAAAUUUAGUCAUCUUAAAGCCUGAAAACUGCAUUACUUUUAUCCUAACUCACGAUGUAAUUUAGUGACCAGAAUUGAGAAGUGUGCCGCAUGAGCAUCAGUCUAGGUGGAUUUUUGGCUAUCAUUUCAAAAGUGUAAUAAAUUUAUUAAUUUAGUACUAAACUGUAUCCUAAAGUAAAAUUUUGUGCCUGAUAAGUUAUUUUUUUCUACAUUAGAAAUAAGAUGCCACACAGGGAAUUACAUUCCAGAUUUAACAAAAUGAAUGGAAAGGAUACAAACCAAUAAUAUGUAACAGGUUAUUGUUCAUGCACUUGUUAUCAUUGAGAAAAUACAGAACAGUGCCUUAAAAGACAGACUGAAAGGAAGUCCGCAACGUAAGGUAGAUGUGCUUUGUUCUCUCACAUAAGAAAGGUGAAGGUUGGUGUGAGGAUGUAACUGUUGAUGUUUUAGAUACCAUACUAUUAAUAUUUAAUUAAAAAUGCAACUCCUUUUUCUCAGCUGAGAAACUUAAGCUAAAGAAUAUUAUAUAAAGCUGAAAGCCCUCGUGAGCCUCCCAACAUUUUUCUUAGGGCAGUUAAAAAUAAUAGAGAUAAAAUUGAUUUAGUUUUCUUUUUCAUAAAAAUAUCCUAGUACUGUUAUACCUUGAAAAGAUUUCUACCAAGCUUUCCUAAAAAGUAGCGUCUUUCCUGAGACAAGAAGGAAAUUCAUUUACUAGCCUUUUUUUUUGGUGGUAUGAGUUUGAACUCAGGGCCUUACUCUAGUGAGGUGAGCGCAAUACCACUUGAACCAGGCCUCCACCCUUCUUUAAGUGAGACAAUCAUUUUUAAGUUUUCAGGCAGCAAAUAUGACCCAGGAAAUUUCAGAAGACCCACAAAUCUAAGGAUUUUGAUCAGAUUAGGGUUUUCAUGAUUGCCCUGGAUGAACACUGCUUUCUCUUUUUUGAUAUUUCCAUAGUCUAAUCAUGAAUACAUUUGUUUCUAGAGC